ACCCUCAUAUUUCCCUCAUUAAAGAUAAAAUCUCUCUCUUUCUUCGUCUCCAUACAUUCCCUCUCUGUGAUUUGUGAUCUCUCUCAACAAAAACCCUUCAAGAUCAACACACAAUAUAAGAAUAAGAAGAAAAAACCAAUCUUUAUCACUGUCCAGUUUCAAAGAGUAAUGAGUAUCCUUCACUACCCUGAUGAGAUUAACGCACCAGAUCUACAGGUGUGGAACAAUGCGGCAUUCGACAAUGGCGAAUCAGAGGACUCGACAGGGAUCAAAUCAUCUUGGUGGACUCAAUCUCUUGAAUCCAGUUGCAGUAAGGAGAAUCUGAGCCCUGUUUUUGAGAAAUCCCCUGUUUCUCUCAAAUCUUCAGUAUCUUCAAUACCCAUCAAGCCCCUUAACUCUAACGGCAUCAUCGCUAACGCGCAAGGGAAUACAUUGAAGCUUGUUUCCAAACCGGGUAUGGUGUCCAAGAUUGUGAUUCUGGAAGAAGAGAGAAAUCGUGAUGAGAGAAAGAUAGACAAGGAGAUAGAAGAUAUUGAGAAGGAAAUUAAGCGCUUAUCGUCAAGACUCGAAGCGCUUAGGCUGGAGAAGGCAGAGAGGAGUCUGAAAAUGGAAAAGAAAGGUAGAAUUGUGCCGGCAAAAUUCAUGGAGCCCAAACAGACUGUCAAAAUUGAAGAGCCAUUGCUUUCUAGUGCGAAAUCAACAAAGAUUAAUCGAAGAGGACUCAGCUUGGGGCCAUCGGAGAUAUUAUCUGGAGCUAAGUCUCGGUUAUUGGGUAAGCAAGAAAUGACCCCUGUUUCUACACAAAAUCGCAGGAAAUCUUGUUUCUGGAAGCUUGAAGAAAUUGACGAGUUAAAAGCAACCAAGGAAAGAGGAAAGAGCUUAAGUGUAAGUCCAAGAUCGCGCAAAACAGUUUCCAAGAUUCAAGCUCCGAAGCUGGCUGCUACUACAGUGGGAUCUAAAAAGUCAGUGAAGAAAGAAGAUGGAUUUCUUGCAUUAAUCCAGCCAAAGACGCUAUUCAAAGAUGGAGAAAAAUCAGUGCCAAAUAAGAAACCAGUGAAACCCGGACGGUUUGUACCAAGUAGGUAUAAUCAGUUUGCAAUGAAUCAGUCUAAUGGGAAUUUAACUUCAAGUGAGGCUCGAAAAAGGUCUCUGCCUGACAGUGAUAAGGAAGAUGGCAACAAAAGGCGUGCUUCUCGAGGCAAUGGAGUGAAUCAGAGAAUAGAUAGUACAAAAGUGAAGAAGAAGUGGGAAAUACCAAGUGAAGUAGUUAUAUACAACAGUGAUGUUGUGGUGGAGGAAUCUGAACCAUCUGUUGCGGUGAUGGGUGAUGUUUUGCCAAAGAUCAAGACUUCCCGAUUUGUGAAUGAGACUCCAAGGGACUCGGGAGCUGCUAAAAGGGUGGCUGAUUUGGUUGGGAGGAAAUCGUUUUUUAGCGCUGAUGAAGAGGAAACAACGGUGGACUCUGUUUGUCAAGCUCUGAGCUUUGAAGAAGAGGAUGUGAAGUUUAGUCCAUCUUGAAUUGCUUCACUGAUUAUUGUUGAAAAGCCAUAAUUCUUGUUAUGGGGGUUGCUUUGUCUAAACGGUCGGGUAAGAUUUUUGUUUUUUUUCUUUUUAGUUAUUUGGUUUCUGGUAUGAAAUAAUAGGAUAAGUUUGUCUCUUGUUUUUGGUUGAUGAUAACUAUGUUUCAACCUUCAUGGCUAUGCGCUUUUAAAAUUUGCAAUGAUAUCCUAUUCUUCAUUGAA